CGUCCUUCGUUUUUCCUUCGUUCUCCCAACUCAGGGAUCCCAACGAGAUCCCAACACAACACACAAGCAAAGGGAACAGAAAGGGAACCCUCGUCCGCUAUCCAGGGCAGCUUCAACUCCCUCACACCCCGGCCAUACUGUGCAUACUGACGUCGGUCAGCCCGGCAAACGGCAAAGCAGUCAACUCCGGGGCAAAAAACGACGACCACUCUGAUCCUCCGCACGACGGGGAUCUUGGGAGCACAGGCAGAGUUCCCAGGGUUCUAUAUUCCCUUACGGACGCCUCGGCUCUACUUGCCUCGUCAGCCUGCACCAAGGAAACGCUGUAAGCGACAAUCUUAGAGCAGGGCCAACGUAUUUGCAAACGUUGAAGCACCAUACCUGCAAUGGCGGACGAUUUUGAUAUUUACGCGGAACUGGACGGGGAUGAACAUGACUUGCUCUACGGCGAUCUGGCUGCUAAACCUGAUGAAAAUGUAAAGGCGGAGGGCACCUCCGCGGACAUGGAGGUCCACGUAGAGAUUCCGAAAGCGUACUCAGAUGAGAUCGAUUAUGGGGAGGAUGAGAUGUUGGAUUCGGUACCCCCCAGGACAGAAUCCAGCGCCACUCCGGCAAUGGCCAAGAGCGAACCAGAGUCAAGUGUCCAGAACGAGCAAGAUUCUGGAAUCCCAGGGCUAGGCCAUGAAGCUAAGGCGGAUCCCGCGAGACAGCAUGAUUUUCCCACGCAUACGAGUGGGGCGCUCCCCCCGCAGAAUUUGCCAGGUGGAGGAAGCCGCGCAUUGCUUGUUAGCGAAUUGAGCUGGUGGACAACCGACGAUGACAUCAAGCUCGCCAUCAGCGAAGCCGGUGUCACCGAGCAACUGCUGGCCAACGAGCUAUCGUUCUCGGAACAUCGCGUCAACGGCAAAUCCAAGGGAAUCUGCUACAUUCCAUUCCAAACCCAGGAAGCCACUGCGCUGGCCAAGGAAUUCUUUGAGACCAUCGAAAUUCACGGCCGUAAGCCGAUCGUGAAGUACGUGCCUCCAAGUCAACAAUCAAAUCCUUUCCGCACCCUCCCCAAAGAUCCGAAGGAAACGCGGGCCGAACAGGCCAAACGAGGCCCUGCUAUCGGCACCGGGGCCGGCGUCGUACCCUCGAUGCCAACCUUGCCACUGAACAUGGGAGCAGCAGGCGCGGAAAUGGCAGGCGCCCUGGGCACCAUGUCUAUUGGACGCGGAAGCAACGCUGCUCGCGGACGAAGCACUUUCCAGCAACAUGGUUUUGGACCGGGGGCACCCGCAGCAGCCGGCUUCAUGGGCCCAGCAGCGCCAGGGUUCUACAACCCGGACUUCUACCCCUCCGGACCAAUGAUGGGUGCCGGACCCUUCCCCGAUGAUUUCCGCUCUGGGUUCGGCCGCGGAGGAGGAGCGCCUGUACCCGGUCCCAAUGCCGCGGGGAUGCGCGGUGGGCCUGGCGUUGGUGGGCGUGGAGGGAACUCUGGCUUUCCACCUGUACCGCCACCGUUCUUCGAUGGGCGCAACGCCCCGCCUUUCGGACCCGACGGCCCGUUUUUCGACGGGCAUGGACCUGAUUUUGGAUUUGAUUACCAGGCCGGUGGCAUGUACCCGCCCCGAAGUGGGGGUGCGCCUAGUGGUCGAGGCUUUGCGAGACCAUUCCCGCCAAACCAUUCUCGAGGACCAGGAGGUGGCCGAGACGGCGGCCGAGGCGAUCAGUCGGCCGACGACCCUCGCGGCAGCCUCCAUCACGACCGUCGCGCAUCAACUGAAAUGGGACAUUCUCGAGACGACGAGCGAUCUCGGAUCAAAGCCGAGCCGGGGAGUGAUAGUCGUACGGGCGGCUCUAAUUCCGCUACACGUGGUGGUGAUGUGAAGUCCCCGGUCGACAGACAAGGGUCUCUCGGCAGCGUUGCGGGUGGGAGUGUUUCCGGCAGGCAUGAAGAUCGAGAUGGACCGGCCGAUGAGUGGUCGGCACGGCGCGGUGGGAGUGCGACGAGUCGGCCGGGUUACGGUCAUAAUUCGGACCGAUACCGCGAUCGGGAUGAGAGAGUGCGAGAACGGGAUGGCAGCAGGGAGAAGGAGCGGAGAGACCGGUCAAGGGAUCGCGAUCGCGACCGGGUGAGAGAUAGGGAGCGGGAGCGCGAUGGAGGGCGCGAACGGGACCGCGAGAGGGAGAAGGAAAAGGAGAAAGACCGACGGAGCAGUGGAGGUGCUGCCGUGUUUGUUAAGGAACGCGGGGUGGAUGAUACGCCUACCCGGGACCGCGACCGAGACCGUGAUCGGGACGGUGGGAGCAGAUCCGGCCGGUCGCAAGGGAAUAGCCGAGAGCGCCAACGCAGUAGAAGUCGGGAUCGAGAGAGGGAGAGGGAUCGGGGAAGCAGGCGGAGUAAGAGCCGCCCGACCACACCUCUCGGCAAUCCGGCAGUUAGUGAGCGAGCUGAGGGAGCCACCAUCGAUAUGGCUGCAGAGCAACUCGAGAGACGCGGCGGACGCACACCUUCCCCUCCUUCCCGCGGCGAUCGCAGCCCCAGUGUCCAUCGCGAAGACGACGACGACGCUACAAGCCGCAAGCGCAAACGGCCGCGCUCCCCUGCUGCCAAACUGGAAGAUCUCACCUCCGCCCCAGGAGACACCAACGGCGACACCACCAAACCCGCCCAUGACACCACCGACGCAGAUGCCGUAGAGAACGGUGCCACAACAACAACAACCGCAGCGGAAGCAUCCACAUCCUCCAAACGCCGCAAAUCAUCGAAAUCCUCGUCCCGUCGUCACUCGUCCUCUCAUCAUCAUCGCUCGUCCCGGUCCUCAAGGACGGAGAAGGAUAAAGAGAAAGACCGCGACCGUGAUCGCGAUAGGGACCGUGACAAGGAUCGUGAAAGGGAUAAGGAUAAGGAGUCGUCGUCGCGUCGCGAUAAGGACCGGGAUAGGGAGAGGGAUCGCGAUGCCGAUCGGGAGAGGGAGAGGGGGGAGAAGAAGGAACGCAGAGAGAGGGAGAGGGAGAGGGAGCGGGGGCGGGAAAGGUAG